CACACACACACACACAGACAGUUAUAUCUUAUCGUUACUAAUUGAGUGUUUUUUGGUGAAAUAAAUCAAACAUUUUUUCUUAUUCUUUUCUCUUGAAAAAUAUCCAAAAAUGUGCAUGCAUUCCAAAAUCUUGUCCCUAUUUAGGGGUGUUACAAAUUUAAAACUACAAGGUGUGCCCCUAGAAUACAGCCCUCAAACCUUCAGCUCUCAUGUAGUUUUGGGGAAAUUGUUUGCUUUGUUUUAAUGGCACUCUUCUUCUUUUGCAGAUACAGAUUUCACUUGUUUUUGUUACUUUUUAUAGGAAGUUUGGGGGGGACGUCUAAACUUGAAUUUGUGUUUUUUUUGUAGGCUGUCUACAAAAAUUGGUAGACAUCUCAGAAAAUCCAUGUCCAUGCAUGUAGGAACACAAGGACACAUCUAAUUAGCUGAAGAUGAUGUCUGCAAAUUUGUGGACAUCUUUGAAGAACUUUGUAUGGAACACUGCGUGUGAGAACGCGAGGACAACGCGUUUAAUUGAAUGCAUUUAAAAUUUCUAGAGACUUUCUCGUGUGUAAAAUUCCCCUUUGUAAAUGUUUGUAUCUUUGUUUCAUAAAAAAUAAUAAAAAAAUGCAGAAAAAAAUCCUGAAUUUUGUUUAUUUAUAUCAGAGUGUUUGCAUUUUGAAGAACAAUGAAUAUGUUAUAUGGUAUAUGGUAUCUAACCUACCUAACUUGCAGGGUUUGUCUGUGUGUGUGUUAGGGUUGCAAUCCCUCCCCAAUUCCUGCUCCAAGGUCAACCAUCUAUUCUUCUUCCUCCCCCAUCCAACUCACCUGUUGGAUUGACCUCACCAGUCCAGCUUUGUCCCUUCUACAUCAUAACUACACCCCUUUGCAUCAUAACUUCACCCCUUUGCAUCAUAACUACACCCUUUGCAUCAUAACCCUCCCCUUUUUGCCUCAUAACUGCAUCUUUCAUUGUCCCGCCCCAUUUCUUGCCAGUAUGAAAGGUGGCAACCCUAGUAUGUGUGUGUGUGUAUAUGUAUUUACCCCCCUCAACCCCCUGUCCCUACCCGCCUCCCCACAGCGCCUUGCCGGACCCAGCCUGCCUAAUAUUGUAAUGAACUUCAAGACACUUUUUGUCUCUCUCUAUAUAUAUUUUCUCUUCUGUUAUCUAUAAUACAAAAGGGGCAGCAUGCUUUAACAAAGUAAUAUACAACCCCCCUGCCCAAAUCAUAGCCCCUUCAUUUGUCAUUUCUGGGCAUGUUACUUGGCCAAACAGUGCACUUUAUGCCCACUAGUCCCUGACCUCAAAUAUUAUUUCCUCUUGAUCAUUCAAUGAUUCUAAUUUUCACCUUACUGUUCCAUAAAUUUGUACACAGAUUCCCCCCUGCCAAUUCCCAAGAUUCUUCCAUGUACUCAGCUUCUAAAGGGAGACACUGGAAUCCCCGGGUUGCAAGGACUGAAAGGAGAUCCUGGUAUCAAUGGGACAAAUGGAGAAAAAGGUGAUCCUGGGCAAAUGGGAGCACAAGGUCCAAAAGGUGAAGUUGGUGACGUAUUGUACGUUGGAAGGAACUGCAAGGAGCUGCUGGAUCAGGGGGUGAUAAUGAGCGGUUGGUACACGAUAUACCCGGAUGGAAUGGCGCCCCUGCAGGUGCUGUGUGAUAUGGACACUGAUGGGGGAGGUUGGAUAGUUUUUCAAAGACGCUACGAUGGCUCAGUAGACUUCUACCUUGGCUGGGAUUCCUACAAGAAGGGGUUUGGCAGCCGCCUGACUGAUUUCUGGUUGGGGAACGAUAAUCUCAGCAAUUUAACAUCGGCAGGUACAUGGGAUCUGCGUGUAGAUUUGAGAGACUUUAACAAUUCAGCCUAUUAUGCCAAGUACUCAUCCUUCCAGAUUUCACCUGCCUCUGACAAUUACACGUUAACAUUUGGUGCCUUCCUUGGUGGUAAUGCAGGGGAUUCCUUGAGUUACCACAAUCAAACAAGUUUUUCUACCAAGGACAGGGACAAUGAUCGCAGCUUAACUAACUGUGCCGUUGAAGGGUUUGGGGCCUGGUGGUUCAAUGACUGUUUCUUGUCAGAUCUCAAUGGCGUCUAUCAGCUGCAGCAGAGCGGCAAUUCCUUUGGUAUCACGUGGCAAUCUGCCAAUGAUUAUAGUUAUUAUUCCUUCAAGAGGUCAGAAAUGAAGAUCAGGCCUGUGUAAGGACAUGGGAGAAGAAGAGGAAUCAGACUCUGUGCUUAUGAAUGAGGCAUGGGAUUAUUUUUCUUGCUCCAAAUGCAUUAAAGUUAAUGGACGUUUUUUCUUAUGGCGACUUUUUUUGUCCUAUGCAUUAACGACAAUGGCCAUUUUUUCUUAUGGCGACUUUUUUUGUCCUAAUGCUUUAACGUCAAUAGGCAUUUUUUCUUAUGGCGAUUUUUUUUCCUAUUGCAUUAAAGUCAAUGGGCGAUUUUUCUUAUGGUGAAUUUUUUCUCCAAAUGCGUUAAAGUCAAUGGGUGUUUUUUCUUAUGAGCGUUUUUUUUGCUGCAAUUUUUCUCACAAAAUUCUCAAAUGGCGAAAUUCUGAAUUUCGCUGCGGAUCCAUGGCUGGUAAAUAAAUUUGCUCAUCACUAAUGACCAGUUCUAAGCAAAUUUUAAUUGAUCUUCAUUGUUUCUUUUUCAAAGUUUUUUCCAGCUUUCAAAUGGGGGUCAGUGACCCUCUCUAAAAACCAAAUGCUUUGUAAGGCCACACAUUUAUUGUUAUUGCUACUUUUUAAUACUUGUCUUUCUAUACAGGCCUCUCCUAUUCAUAUUUCAUUUCUAUCUCGUACAAAUCAGUGCAUGGUUGCUAGGGGAAUUUGGACCCUAGCAACCAGAUGGCUGAAAUUGCAAACUGAAGAGCUGCUGAAUAAAAAGCUAAAUAACUCAAAAACCACAAAUAAUAAAAAAUGAAAACCAAUUGCAAAUUGUCUCAGAAUAUCACUCUCUACAUCAGACUAAAAGGUAACUCAAAGGUGAACAACCCCUUUAAAAGAAAAUGAAGUGGGGCUUAUUCAUUAACACUGGGCUCGUUUGCACCUGGACAGUACCCCAAGGAAAGCUAUAACAUUCCUGCUUUUAUUAUACUUCUGGCACCAGAAAAAAGCUAAUCACUGAUUGGAACCUUUGGUUUCUGUCCAGGUGCCAAUUUGCCUCACCUUUGCAUUGCAGCAGGUAAGAAAUAGCCAAAACCCGACCUGAGCCAAAUGACCAGGCUUCAGCCAAAUCCAUGGGAAAACCCCAGCGGUAUUUUGGGUAUUGAGUCUGAAUGAGCAUCAUUAGCUUCUGCCACUGCAUUGAGGGUUCACCUUUACCCCGUAGCACUAAAGCACUGCUGUCUUAUUAAUCUAUACACUGUAACUGAUCCAUUGUACUGUACUCCUGGCUUCUCUCUGCUGUACAAAAUGUAUUCCAUCUCCUCAAAAAAUAAAUAAAUUGACCAGG